UCUGAACCAGACAGAGCUAUAGAGAGAGAGGAGACGAGAAAAGAAAGAGAAAUGAAAAUCAGAACACAGCUGACUGUUUGACAUGCAACUCCACAGAUGCAGUGAAUGGUCUUUGGUUCAGCCAUUUUGCAGGGAAAAGCAGAGGAGAGGACAGGAGAAGACUUAAACCACUAAAAAGUAAACGGAUAAACCCUUUUCUGAAGUGCUCCAGCAGGAGAUGGUGAAGCCCUCCUGCUGAUUCCUUGACGCGUGGAGGAGAGGUGAAAGGGAGCAAAGAAGAUAGCAGGGGAGGAACUGUUUGUGUUACCAAGGGAGGAGUUGUCUUUCUCACGUAGUGUCACCAGUGAGGAGGAGGCAGAAGCGAGUGCUUGUGGUCUCCUCAGAGAGAGAGUGAGAGAGAGAGCGCGAGAGAGAGAGAGAGAGAGAGAGAGAGAGGACAAGGAAGGGCUGCUAGUGUGACAGAAAGAGUAGGGCAGGCAAUGUGCCGCUGACUGGAGUAUGCUACAGACCAUUUACGAGGGUGACUCCUACUUCUCCAGCGACAGCUUUGGCAAACUCCGGCUGCCUCAGGAACCUCACAACAGUGACAUGCACAACGUUAACAACUCAGUGGAUGUUAAGCCUGAAGUACCGUUGACACUGGAACCUGCGUCUCCACUAGACCUGCGGACAGAUGUGAGGAUGCCGGCCGGGGGCUCGGAUCCCAACGUGUGGGAGCGACAGCUGCAGCAGGAGCUGCUCCUCAUUCAGAAGCAGCAGCAGAUCCAGAAACAGCUUCUCAUAAACGAGUUCCAGAAGCAGCAUGAGAACCUGAUACGCCAACAUCAGGUCCAGCUGCAGGAGCACCUCAAGCUGCAGCAGGAACUGCAAGUGAUGAAGCAGCGACAAGAGCAGCUGGAGAAGGAAAGGAAGUUGGAGCAGCAAAACCAGGAAAGGGAACUGGAGAGACAUCGACGCCAGCAGCAGGUGCUAAUCCUCAGGAGCAAAGAACGGGCACGAGAGAGUGCAGUGGCCAGCACAGAAGUUAAGCAGAAACUACAGGAGUUUUUGCUGAGUAAAUCCACAAAGGACACAGCCUCCAAUGGAUCUUGUCAUACAUUCACACAGAACUCCAAACUGUGGUUCACGGCCUCCCAUCACACCUCUCUGGAGCAGAGUUCACCUCCUCUGGGAGGAGUGUCACCGUCGUGUAAAUUCCCUUUGCCCUCUCUACCAGACUGCAGAGACGAUUUCCCUCUGAGGAAGACUGCCUCAGAGCCGAAUCUGAAGGUACGCUCUAGGUUGAAGCAGAAAGUUGCAGAGAGGAGGAGCAGCCCACUUCUUCGGAGAAAAGAAGGAAUUGUUAUGACACCCUUCAAAAAACGAGCCUUGGAACUAAUGGAUUCGACAGCCAGCAGCAGCUCCAAUGGUUCAGGCUCCAGCUCUCCAAAUAGAGCCUUAAGUUUUUCUGGACCUGAAAAUGGACCAUCACCUCUACCAUCCUCAUCUCACUCUGAGCGUUGGCCCUCACAGCCGAAGUUGCUUGGCUUUGAAGGUUCAGUAUCCGUGUUGAGUCUCUACACAUCACCAUCUCUGCCUAACAUCACGCUAGGCCUCUCUGCUGCCUCCUCCCCCAUCAGUGCUGGCGAGGGCAGUGGAGUGCUGCCUGUCAGGCAGGGUUUGCCCGCUCAGCUCCUGGGCCCGGUGCCUGUACCAGUCAGCAUGGACAGUAAAGUGAGCAGCAGCCAGCAAGCUCUGCUACAGCACCUCCUGCAAAAGGAGCAGCUACGCCAGCAGAAGAUCUUCUCCACUGGCCAAAGUGCAGGAUCUGUUCAUCUGCCUUCUCCUCUGGCCAUGACGGAGCGUUCCUCAGGCAGCGUGAGGCCCAAAUUGCCUCGUCACCGGCCCUUGAACCGUACCCAGUCUGCACCACUUCCUCAGAGCAUUCUAGCCCAGCUUGUUAUCCAGCAGCAGCACCAACACUUCCUCGAGAAGCAAAAACAGUAUCAGCAACAGGUCCACAUCAAUAAGCUGUUUUCCAAGACCAUGGAACAGCUGAGGCAGCCGAACGGGCACCUGCACGAGUCAGAAGAGGAAGAGGGAGAGGAUGUGCACAUUCACAUCAUGCAAGAGGACAUCUCGCCCUCUUCUGGAGUCAUCCGCAAGUGCAGCCCCAGCCAUCGGAGCAACAACAGCAGCAUUCACAGUCCUGAUUUGCUCAGUGAAGAGGUGGAUGAUCAUGCUAGGGUUAUUAAAAUCAAACAGGAGCCUGCUGACAGUGAUGAUGAAACACAUGCCAAAGAGAGUUUAGGAGAGAAAAAGAGUGCUUACCUUCACCAGGUCGAAGGAAGGCUGGUCAUUCAGGCUAUGAACUGAUCUUAGGCAUGAGUGCACACACACACACACACACACACACACACACACACACACACAUACACACAUUCUCAUAACUCAUGCCAGGUUAUGCCACCGUAAGCCCUUCUGGACUGUAGACAUUUGUGACCUUGUGAUGUGAUCUCUGUAUUGUAUGCUGUAAUGAUCUGUAUAUAAUUUGGAUAAUAAGAAAAAAAUAUCUAGACUGGUAUAUCUUUUAAAAAGCUAAAGAUGCAUCUCUGUUUGUAAGAAGACUUUUGAAAUGUAAUUACUCACCCUUUCUACUUUCGAUCCACCCACUGAAAAAAAGCUGUGCUAGGACUCAUGUAAAAUAAUCACAGACUUUUUUCCUGAUACUUUAUGAACGUUGCAUAGUUUUCAUUUCGGAUUAUUUUGUUCCUUUGUUGUUUUCACUGUAAAGUGCAACAGGAGCACAGCUAUAGCAUCAGCAUCCUUUCUGUGACUGUGUAAUCAAGCUUUAGAACAGUGCACUGUGUCCUGGGUUCUCCCAGGGGUCUGUUUCAAAGUUGCACUGUGGGCCCAGAGCAGUGCUCGGCUCGGCGGCUCACUCACAGUGAGAGAGGGCUGAGCAGGAAAUGCCUGGUGGAAGCCAGGAACUACAGUGAUUCAUGAGCACAGAAAUGUUGGGAGAGGACGAGCUCAGCGUUCAGCAAGUCCAAGAGACCAGUCAUGAGCUCUGAUUUACUAUCGGGGCAAAUUACAAAACAAGUAGGGAAAGAGUGGAGCGAGUCCUUAUUUAAAACCAAUCAUUUCCUCUUUAGACCGGGAUAAUGUGUUCACCCCACAUUACAGUUUUGAUGUCCUUUCCAUCUUUGUCUCUAUUCAAGGUGUGAUUCCCAAUUGCUGAUUAUUUCUCCUCUCAAAGCGUGGCCAGAUAAACAUAACAUUCAUAUUUCCAUAGCUACAAUAUUCCUAGUAACUAUCAUUUGUCAUGUUUAGCCCUGUCACUGUAAACGCAUUAGUGGGAGAAAUAUGUGUGAGAUCCUGUGCCACAAUGAUGCCACAUAAAGGAAAACUUUAAAAGUAAAGCAUUCUGGACACAUCUGCCUGUGUCCUGUUCUCCUGUUCCUCUGUCCAAUAGCAGUAAGCUCUUCUUCACUUCAUAGAUGUGAUGGAUGGAUCACCAUAUUGCUUUAUAUGUCUUUUUAAAAAUAAUAAAAAUGUUUCCAUUCUGUGA